UAGAGGCAAUGUUGUGAGGGGAGGGCUUGUCAGAACAAAAGAGGAAGUCACAUAAUUUCCCAAUCAACCUAUGACUAAAGGAUAUCAGGGUGUUUUAUAUAGAGACAUUACUGCACACACAGAACACAGAGAGAAUAGCUGUGGUUACACACAAUAGACUUCUGAUGGAGCUCCUGAUCAACAUUGCCCUUCUCUUGACCGGUGUCAAUGGAGGCUCCCAUUCCCUGUGUGGGGGAUGAUGUCAGUCUGCCGUGCACCAAUGUGGUCCACCCUGACUGCUCCUCUACAGCGUGGCUCUUCAGCAGAACUGAGUCUCACAGUGCUACUGAAAAGGUCUUUCAAGGGAAGAUCCAAAAUGAAGGAAACGAGGGCAGUGAGAGACUGGGAGUAGGGUCUGACUGCUCACUACGUGUUCGUAACAUUGGCGCUGAGGAUACUGGAGUCUAUGUCUGCCGACAGUACCUUACAGAUGGCAGAGCACAUCUUGGAGAGGAUACUACUGUCUACCUGUCUGUUCUCACCAUCUCCAUGUCCACACCAGAGACAGAUCUAAAGCAUCCUAGAAAUGUAACCUUGAGGUGCUCUCUGCUAACAUAUGGCGGUCCUGUAACGUGUGACUCCUUCGUUAGAGAUAUCGUUAGGGUGAGCUGGGUGAAUGAGACAGGUGGCGAGUUGCAGGGAGACUCCAGAUACCAGGUCACACGGGUGUCUGGCUGUGACAUCACUCUGACUGUGAAACUUUGGAGAAAGGAUAAGAACAGGAAGUGGUGGUGUCAGCUGACUGAGGGAACGAGGAAGACAUUUGUCUACCUCACUUCUAAGGUCUCAGGUGGGACUAUGGAUCCUGUCGGGACAAUCAUCACUGCUCCACAACAACCUAUUGAUGGUCAAAGUCCUCCAAAGCCCCAUUCAGGUACCAACAACAUCAAUGAGUUGCCAAUCAGUCGCAUAGUGCUCUGUGUGGCACUGCCCUUGAUGGUAAUCGUAUAUGCAGUUUACACAACUAGGAGGAACCGCCUACUAGCAGAGGUGUCCUCUGUUAUAGAGCUGUAAGUCUAGACGAACAACCCCCCUCCUCGUCACUCUCCAUAGCAUAGCGCCAGUCUUACUCUACCUUUAAUGAAUGUGUACAACUGAGAGAUUAUUUGCUGAAGGAUUCGUGCUGACAUAAUACAUAAAGGCUUUGAAAUAAAUAAUUAAAAUGUAGUGCAUGCUAAUGGUAUCCACUCAAUGGGUAGUGACAACUAAUGCUUUACAAAUAAAGACGUUAUAUUUCUGUUUUGUAGCUAUAGCAUUAGUGUUGUCAAAUGCCUAAGAGGAAGGGGAUUGCUUACCUGUGAUACUGUAAAACAUUCUCUAAAACUUCUACUGCAUUUCUCCAAAUCAGUCUUUCAUUACCAGCUUCUAUAAUCUACAGUAUAAUGUGUGUGUGUGUGUGUGUGUGUGCAAGUGCGUGCUUGUGUUUUUGUGUGUUUGUUUUUUAGAGGCCAUUAAGCUUGCUUACUCUCACUCCGAUUACACUGUGUUUGAUUUACGACCUUGUGUCACUGCAUCUCUCUCU